GUCGCCGACGCCGCGGCCAAGAUGGCCAUCUCCGUAAUAAACAUCUCGCAACUGCCCUUCCCGAUCUCCACCGCCAAGCGCCCCAUUAUCAGUGUCUGCCACUCCACUUGAAACAAGACGCUCUACGACGCCCUGCGCACUACCUCCAUGGACCAAUACUGCACGGACUCUUGCCCACAGCCUUGGGUACGGCAACACUCCCGUGUGUUAGAUGUCGCCAUAAUCAGCCGCCGCCUGAGCCACACGACCGAAGACCGUGAAAAGAGAGGUUCUGUACUGUCUUUGCACGCGACACUUAGUGCUCACUUGCACUGCCUACGUCUGUCCCUUGAUCCCUACUGCCCUUGGUGUAGGACUACCCCUGAGACCAUCGAACAUUUUCUGCUCCACUGUCCACGCCUCCACUCCCACCGCACUGCACUACGCUCAUGCUGUGGCUCUCCGCCUGGCCAUCACAACACUUGACUUGCCCACCCUCUUAGCGGUCUCAGGUGUCUACCCAUCCCGGCAACGUGCUGCUUUUCGCCCUGUCUGUGCUUUCAUGAGGAAGACCGGCCAGCUACUACGCCUGUGAUACCCACACAGGACUGCCCCAGGGCUCAGGGAUCCAUAGAUCUUCGCGGCCCAAACAUGAAACAACAACAUGACAGCCUAUGAUAGUGAUACAGGACUGUACCAGAGAUCGUAAGGAUAACUAUAUCUUCAGAGCCAUAACACCAACUUUGUGAAACGCCACAAAAGACUUGAAGGAUUUUACCACAAACCAACAAAGUCAUCAACAUGACAAAUAGUGCAUCACAGGAGAAAUUCAAAUAUCAAGCUGCAGCAUUCCUGACUGGCAUUGCUGGAGUCUCAGUGUUGGGAGGAUUUGGCAUGACUCUUGGCAUGGCCAAAAAAAAAGAUCCUAACAUGUUCAACAAAGGCAUGAUGGGAACCCGAGAAUUACGUGAGGCAGGAGGGGCCUUGGCGCUCAGGGCUCUUGGCUGGGGCUCUCUCUAUGCUGUUGCUGGAUUUUCAGUUUUUUGCUUCUCAAUCUGGAAACUCUCAGGUGCUAAAGAUUUACAUGACUUCAGAAUGAAGGCAGGAAGUGUUCUGCCCAAUAUACCAAAGAAUGAUCCUCCUCAGUCCAGGACAGAGUUUGAAGGGUUGACAGACCUUCUUCAGUAUAUUAUUACAGAGGAUGAAAAGAAGAAGGAAGCAAGAAAAACACCUCAUGAUUCUACCACAUGACAUUAAACAUACUGUAUGAGAGGUAAAAGGUAAUUUAUUAUUUUUUUUUUUUGGUUGGAGGAAUUUCAUGGAAGGAAUGUAGUGUCAGUGAUAAGUAAUGUGUGUGUGUUUGUGUUGGACAGAGGAAUGUAUAUAUUUUACUAGUUGAAUUGGUAUAUAUGUACAGGUGUUUCUUGAUUUAUUUAUGUUCAGAUUAUGCAAUUUUGAAAUAACACGAGGUCAGGAAGAAUUUGCCAUACACUACAUGAACCAAAACAAAAACACGUGAUCAGGGAUCUUGAUCAUGAUGCAGGCAAGACUCACUUUGUUCUUUACAGUGUGAUGUUAUUCUUUAAGGUAAGAUGCACUUUCAUACAAUUAAAAUUGCACAAUCUUUCAACAUUCUUAUCUUGCAUACAUGUAAAAAAAAUGAUGACAAAAAAGAAAAAUUAUGAUUAUUAGUCCUGUAGUCUCUCACAUUCAGUGCUAACACCAUAUGCCAGGUACAUGUCUACAUCUCACAAUAAGAUUGGUGCGUUGGCUACUAGCAAAUGUUAAAGAUUUUAAAUGGGAUCUAAUAAUGAUCUAAAUGCAUGUGAGAGUCUUCAAAUGUCAGAUGAAAUCUUUCAAUUCGUAUUCAGAGCUUAAAUCUGCUCAUUUACCUUAUUUUCAUUUUAAUGUCUGCCAAAAUUGGAUGUAUCUUAUGAUCCCAUGCCUCUUAUGAGCCAUCAAAUAUGGUAGUCUUUUCUUUCAAAUUACACUAGUUAAAUAGAAUAACUUGAUGUCAAGAUGCUUUGCUGGUAUGGCAAAUCUUGGGAAUCACAAAAUUCCUCUAAAUGUUUGUUCAGGCUGCCAUAUUGUCAUUACAGCUAAUCGCAGCACAGAGAUGAUUCACUCUCAGGAUACUUAGUGAUGCAUGAUAAACGUCUUCAGGAAGGUGAGCUUAUGCCAUCUUGUUGUCAGUCAGAUAUCAUUACUAUAGCAAUAACAAUCCUUUAUCAUUCCAGCUGAGAGGUGCACAAAAAUGUUUUGUAUAGAAUAUGUGCUGCAGGAACAACAGAGUGCAUGCCCAGUCGCUGUCUCAGGCAUAGCCAUUUCAGGACCAGCGAUUUGGGGGGACCUUAAUUUACAUUUUCAUCUCCUGUGCUUUUAAUUUUUUGUCUACACUAAUGCCUUUUUCACAGUUUAUGUAAAGUUCUAUGGUGUACCUCUGAUAUAAUUUUCAUUAAAUUUGAUGCAAAACUUUUUAU